AUGGGCAAGAAGAAGUCAAGUAACAAAGCCGCCGCAAGAAAGCGCUUCCCUGUUGGCGAACUUUCUAGAAAAAGGCAAGAAUUAAAGGAAAUUUUCUUAGCUAAAAAUGCAAGCCUGCAAGUUGCCAAAAAAGAUAUUGAUAAUGUUUCAAAGAGGGUAAGUACUGAGUGUUCAUCAAACUCUACAUCUACACUAAUCUUUCAGUUAAUUUAAGACUGCAGUGGAUUUCUUAGUGCAUUAAAGUAUGCUAGAUAUAAGAAAUAAUUAAAAUAUAUAUUAAAUGCAUUGGUUCAGCAUAUACUAUAAUAAAAUAUCAUAAAUUCUAUAGUAAUUAGCAAAAAAUGUUCUUCUGCAGAUUAAACGCCAUAAAGAAAAAAUUGUGUUGCUCAGUGUAGAAGAACAGUCCUUACAAGCAAAAAGGAGGAAACUUGAAGAUAAAAAGACCAAUAAACUACGAGCAAGUCUGAAAAGGAAUUUGACCAUAAGACGAAAAGCACCCUCUAAGUUAGAUCCACAUAACUCAGAGAAACUUCAAUGUUCUCUCUCAGUUCGGUCAAACAGAAGAAGACGAAAAGAAACCUUAGAUGUCUGUCAGAGUAUACAUGGGGAUGCCGAAGGUAAUAAUGGAAGUGCUUUAACCCAUUGAGUUGCAUUGCACCCUGAUGCACCCUACGUUAGUAUUUUACUCUGUCUAACGCCAGACGAUUUUACUCAUCAAUGGGAGAACGCUGGCGCUUAAUGGGUUAAUUAAGUUAAGACAUGUAAAUAAGUACUUGCUGUCUGGCAAAUGUAAGCUUCGCUAGAUCCAUACUAGAUCAGAGUCCAGUACCUUGAUAGUAUUUUGUAAAUGAAACUGCCCAAGGCCGGACAUUUUCAAAACAUUUGAAACCAGUGAUCUAAAACAUUGUAGCUAGAUUAAGACUGAUGUUUAUUUGAAAGUAGCACUAAUUACGGCUUUAUGAAAUGAAUUUUUUUCUUAACCCAUUUACCGGCAGGAUGUACUCUACCACUGACGAGUAAAAUCAUCUAGCGUUAAACAGAGUAAAUACUAAAGUAGGGCGCACUGCCUGCUAACGGGUUAAUUGACUGCACAUCCAUGGCGUGCGGUUUGCUAGCUAUUACCCAGGAGUAGAAGCUAGUGAUAAUUUUGUUUUGAAAAACUUGCAGCUGCGACAUUCUAUUUUUAGGAGAAACCUCUGCAGCCCUUGAUGGUAUGUGGGCAACUAUGGUUAAUGAAAGUACAUCUGGCCGACUAGAAACAUAUCUGGACAAAUCACGAAAGAUACGUAGUAAGGUUAUCCCAUCCUUAAUGAGCAAACAAGUUAAAGUGUAUCAAGAUAGCAAUGACAACAUGUGUCGCAGUUUGAAAAUUCUUUAUGAGGAUGGCCUUCUUGCUAAAAAGAAGUAUAAGUCUAUUUGUAGAAAUGUCAAAGCAACAGUGGGUCAAUCAAUAACCAACCCAAAACUUGUUUAUUAUGACAAGUUGAUUGCCUUUAUAAAAUCAGUAGAUGUUCAAAAUGUUCAUGAUUUUGCAUCUGAGUUUAACAAGGAUACAAGUAAAUUUGAGGAACCAAUUAAUGGGUCCUAUAGGGAUUUCUGCAGUUACAUAAAAGUGUUAGCCGAACUAUAUAUACAAGUAGACCAAGCAUUAGGGUCUGAGUCGUUUUUCCAACAUUUUGGAGCAUUGCCCUAUCACUUUAGAAUUGCUAUUGGAGCGGAUGGCGCUCCAUUCGGAAAAGAUGAUGAAGCCACUGCUUGGCUUGUUUCGUUCUUAAAUGUGGGUAAGCAUAUUCAAAGUGAAAGGGACAAUUUCCUUUUAUGUGGGGCAAACUGCUCAGAAAAUCACCCAAGCAUGAAACAGUACGCAAAGAAAUUGAUGCAAGAUAUCGCACACAUUGAGACACAGUCAUACAUUAUCAGCGGUUUUAAUUGUAAAUUUACAGUUGAACUUGUUCCCUCAGAUAUGAAAUGGCUAUCCACAAUGAGCGGAGAGCUCAACAACGCAGCUUACUAUUUUUCCCCUUUUGGAAAUGUAAAUGAUGACAACAAACGGGUCAGAAAUGGAUCCCUAGGGGAUGAUCCGUCAUGUACAUGGCAUCCCUGGAACUAUAACGAAAGGAUUAAGGUUGCUAGGGAAGUUGCAAAUAAGAGGGAGGAACUAUGCAGGUCCAAUAAUUCCAAUGCCACUAAGAGAAAUAAGCUUCUCAAUUUCAUUAGGGAGCAGGGGUCUAGACAGGAAUAUGAACCACUUCUGGGCAAAUUAGUAGAUUGUGGGUUUGCAGAGCCAUUGCAUAAUAGUAACAAUGCUUGGGCCUAUUUUCAUCAACUAAUGCUUGAAACAGCUUUGGCUAAAUCUUGCAUUACAGGAAGCUGCAAACAGAUCGAAGACCUACCCUCGGAUAGUCCCUUUUCCCUUUACAUCACAGUUUUGAAAAACCAACUGCGUGUUGGUCGGCUGGUUAAAAAAAUAAGAACCUGGUUCAAUGAAGGCCGGAAAGGUCCUUUUAGUUAUAGGUUUACAGGAAAAGAAACCAGAAUAUUUUGUCACAAAUUCAUGUUUGUGCUGCAUGCAUUGAGCCAAGCAACUGACCCACCUCAGACUAAGUUGAAGAUUGCAUCCAUAGCUUUCUGUUGCUUACAGUUAAGAGAUGCAAUAUCAUAUUUCUCUCGUGUAGAUAUUACCCUUGCUGAGUUAGAACAGUGCAAGAAGGCUUGUUUAUACCUUUUUAAUGCCAAUGCUCUGUUGUUAAAAUCAGUCACACCAACACUGUGGACUGUUGGUUAUGCUAUACCAAGACACGUAGAAAUAUUAUUUGAUAGAUACGGCAUGGGAUUGGGUAUCAAUAGUAUGCAAGGCCGAGAAGCAAAACAUGUAAGACUUUCUGAAUUUGCCAAACACUCCACAAAAUCAACAAGGUGGUCUAUGGUCUUACGUCAUGACUACAUGUGUAAUGUGUGGAUCCGCAUGAAUGAGCCUGGCCGUGUUUUGUACACAACACACAAACACCACUACAUACCUAGAGAAAUAGAGCUGGAAACUUUCUGUUAUUGUGGUUUCCCUAUAUGUAAAGGUCAGCAAUGUAGUAUUUGUAUAUCAGAUGUUUUUAAAGCUGUCGAAGAGACAGCAAUAGCUGGAGCAUUGAUCAAGGAAAUACAUAGAUAUAUAUAG